GGAUAUUUAACAUAAUACCUUUCUUCAACGUUGAACUUUCUCCCACAGACUUGUCCAUUUAUUGUAACCAUGACAACGAAUUUGUUUAUUGACAAAACCGAUUGUUGAAGUUUGAUUUAAAUGAAAUAUAUGCAAUGCCUAAUUAAAUAAUGGAGACACAAUCGUCAGGCACUCUUCAAUCACCAUCUACGUUUUCGGAGAGUUCAAAAACCGGUAGUAGCCGAUCUGUAGGAAGCGCGAAAGAUGAACCCGAUUUUACAAAGGAUAAUUCUGCAUCUCCAAUUGAUUUGGAGUGCCACAUCCAAGCAGAGCGCAUCACAAAAAUUUUAGAUGAAACAAUUUACAAAACAAAGAUGGCGCUUUGUCUGCCACACCUAGUCCAGGAGUAUAAAACACUGAGCUCGAUACUAUCCAACCAACACAUGGAAGAUUUGGUGUUCAUUUUCGAACAGUAUGAUAAUCCACUGUUUUCUACUAGUCUACUUAAUUUGGAUGCGUUGGAAGAUAUCAAAGCUGGUGAUGUAUCGCUGAAGAACCGGUUAAAUCCUGAAUUGGGUCACCUUGUCUACAUAUUAAACAGCUACCCUCACCUGAAGCCGAAAGUCGAAGAAAUGAUUACAGAAAUGAAAGAAGAAUAUUCUGCAUAUGAUGAAUCAAGAAGAAGAUUUCCAGGUUUAGAGUAUUUGUUGACGUUGGAACAUUUCCGUGACUUGAUGAUCAAACAGAUGGACACUACAGCAGCAGAAGAGUUGGCUGCAAAAUUGAAUACUAGGAAACUAGAGGGCUCCAACGAGAGGCUUAUUGAAAAAAUUAAAGAAUAUACGCAGGAUCUUAAAGAAGAAAAUGAACGCUUUGAAGAAACAAUGAGGAUGAAGACAGAUCUCAUCGCGAGAUUAGAGCAAGAGAUUGCGAUUUUGAACCGUGACGCUGAAAUAAGACUUAAAAAGAAAAUACUAGAUUCAGAUCGGCAAAUGGUGUUAGCGACUCGUGCGCAUCUCGUAAAGAAUGAAAUGUUGAAAGAGGAAGAGGUCGAGUGUCGAGAAUUGUAUGAGAAUAUAUUAAGGAAACAUCUUAUCGAUGAGAAGAAUCAACGGGCUCGAAGGUUUAAAGUGGAGACACAAUUAUUAUCAUGGCUACAGAAAUAUGAUCUAGAAAUGGCGGAUAAGCAGGUGGAACUCGAUGAGUUCACAACCAAGUAUGAAGAGGAAGUCCAGAAGUGUGAUGAUCUCGAAUUAAAACUAGCAGAACAGGACAAAGAAUAUAUACCGCUGAUGGCAGAAAGGGAAGAGGAAUACCACCAGGAGCUGACGGAGAAGAUGAACAAGUUCCUAUUGGAGCACGCCGCUAGAGUCAUACAGUGCGCUUGGAGAGAUGUGCUUGCGAAUAGAGCGGAGAAGAAACGGCUUAAGAAGCUGCAGAAGAAAAUGCAAGCAGCUCAAGCCGCGGCCGAGGCAGCCGAGAAGAAAAAGGGAAAGAAAUAAUACUCUUUGUGUUUUAGUUUAUUUAAAUAACUUAUGUACUAAAAUAUAUUUUGUUUGUAAAACUGUUUUUUACUAUAAAAUUCCUUGUAUUUUCGCUGCUCGAUUUUAAGUACUUUUUAUAUAAUGUAAAAGCUUUAAAAAAUAAAAACAGUUAUUAACUCAGCUUAAUCAAAAGCGGGCAUGUAAAACAAAAGACGCA